GACGACUUUCCUCGCUUUUCUUCAAAAGAUUUUCCUCAAAAAAUGCAUGCCUAUAUACUUAGUAACUGCUUACUAGGUACAUAAUGUGUCGAAAAUAAUGGCAAUUCUAUCUGGGUGCUGGUGAGCUAUACACUCAGUGUCAGUCCUAUUUUCGUGAAUCAUCCGAUGGCGCGUACCGUCCCCGCAGACGUUCAGCAAGGCCCGGACGAGGAGACAUCAACAGCAAUUUGUUACGGCAUGCUCGAGAAGCUUGAGAUAUAUGCAACUUCUACCGAUACUGCCAUCGACAAUGUCCAUCUUGUAUCCGCCUACAUCGUCGACGAUGGGAUAGUUAAAAUAUAUUCAGAUGACUCUACGGUCGGCAGGUUAGAGGAAACGGCAAGACAAGUAAUACGCAAACUUGAAAAUGAAGAAGGGGUUCAUGUACAAUUUAUGAUUAAGGGUAUUCCUGGAUCAGAAUCACACUUACGGAAAAAGAAAAUAAUUGCCUGGGCAUCGGCAAUCCUCUACGGCCCGGAACACCUUGGCGAUGAUAUUGGAGAGUUCCUGGACAAGUGCAAGUAUUAUCUCCAAGACCCAUACGGGUGUAGCAUCAGUGCCCUUUACAAGAAUCCGCACUGCUUGUCUACUAUCUUCGAACAACCAGUCUUGGCCUCUACCUUUGCCGAGCCAGCAAUUAGGUCCAGGCAAGAGCUUUCAGUCCAUGAUUCAUUGCACAUGUUAGAAACGACUGAAGAUCUACCAGAAUGGAACCAACCUACGAUUUUACGAACCGAACUAUGCUUACAUCAAAAGCAAGCAUUGCACUUUUUCAUGAUGCGAGAAAAUAUCGAAUAUAUAAACUCUCUCUGGAAAUCAAGUACCUCAUCCAAUGGCCGUCGAAUUUUUCAUAACGGGAUAAACGGCUCACAACAAGAUGUACCGCCCCCUAUAUGGAAUGGGGGCAUACUCGCUGAUGAGAUGGGCCUUGGGAAGACAUUACAAAUGAUAUCUCUCAUUGCUGAAACAAAAACUAUACAAAAUUGUGCGAUCAAAACAACUUCUACCACGCUUCCAGGAACAUUAAUAAUACUGCCGUUGCCUUUAAUGAGGGUAUGGGAAGAUCAGCUUAUCCAACACGUGCAUAAAAACAAGUUGAUUUGGCAACGCCAUCAUGGCCAAAAUCGAGUCGAAAUAGGCCAUUGGCUUGAUUUUCCAGAUAUUGUUCUCACAACUUAUCAAACAGUCCAGUCAGAAUAUAAACGCCGUCACAAAUCUAAUUCAUUGUUCAAAUACCAAUGGCGUCGAAUAAUACUUGAUGAAGCACAUGUAAUUCGAAAUACCACUAUGACAGCUUCUGCUGUCUGCGCUUUAUCUGCCAUAUCACGCUGGGCUGUUACCGGAACACCGAUCCAAAAUAACCUAUCUGAUUUAUGUGGUCUUUUCAGAUUUUUGAAGUUUCACCCUUACGAUGACGCAAGAGUCAUGGACAAUGAGAUAUUCGAAUCGCUCAGAAAAUUAGACCCUAGCGAGGGGAUUCGAAGGCUCAAAACCUUAUGCAAAACUGUGAUGAUUCGUCGCCGGACGGGUAUCAUAGACCUUCCUCCGAGGAAGGAUUUAAUCAAGAUGGUAGAUUUUAAUGCAGAAGAAAGAUGGCUAUACCAAGAGCUUGAAGGUCGCAUGCGUCAUGCUCUAGGAGACGCUACCAGUAUAGGGAUUGGAGGGCACAAUUUAUGGAUGAGCGCAAUACAACUCAUCAGCAAAUUGCGCAUAUUUUGCAACCUUGGCGCUACUUCUCCCUCCAAGAUACUAUCUUCGAAGCCCGUAACUCGCCAGUUAGUAACCCCAGAAAGAGGGAUCGACACUUACAACUUGAUUACAUCAGAGCUGGCUUUAGGAGGAACAAGCUGCUCCCUUUGUGGCACGUUCAUCGAUACCUCAGAGGGUAUACAAGAUAUAUGCGCAUACUACUCGUCAUGCAACAAAAUAUGUUGCAAAUCUUGUACCAGCAUGUCUCAUGGCUCAGUGCUCGGUUGCACGUGCCGUUCAGAAUCAGUCUGCAUUCUUCAACCGCUAUGCUUGGAUUCUGUUAGGAAGGUUGAAGGGACAAAUGGAAUAGACGAUGAGCCCACCUGCGGGACCGAACCGAGCAGUAAAGUUAGGGCUGUCGUAGGAGAUAUCCAAAGCCACAAAACAGAAAAGAGCGUCGUGUUCACAUUUUGGACAGCUACUUUAAACAUGCUUCAGCACGCGCUCGACCGCGCAGGGAUUAGAUAUGUCAGGAUCGAUGGUACAGUGAGUCCAGCCAACAGAGAUACAGUUUUACGAGAAUUUCGAAACGACAAUUUCAUCCAAGUCUUACUCAUUACGAUAUCUUGUGGUGGCGUUGGGCUAGAUUUAACCGCAGCAUCCCGAAUUCACCUACUUGAACCCCAGUGGAAUCCAGCGGUCGAAGAUCAAGCACUAGCAAGGGUGCAUAGAAUGGGACAGAAACGACCUGUGGUCACGAUUCGAUAUAUAAUAAGGGAUUCUAUUGAAGAGUCUGUCGCCUCAGCGAAAGGAAAGAAAAGACUUCUUGCCGAGCUUCUACCACAGAAUGCACACUCUGAAGUUGAACUUGAUACGUAGGUAGCUAUUGAUCAUUGCCUGGUAAAGAUGCAUUUGAGGAAAUGCUAGAGCCUUUGAUUUGCUGUUUCUAGAGUCAAAAUUCUUUCAUCGCUCCUAGUAGCAACUCUCGUGCCAAGGCAGAUGUUACAAAUAUGAGGUAUCUAACUAUUCGCAUAUCUGAUUAUUGGAGUCAUGUGGGUCUGCAAGUUACCUAGUAGUCAUAUAGAUCGAUGUAAUAAAAAGGAGUAGGACAACACAAGCCAGACGAUAUCUAUUGGUCUCAUAGAACCUAAAAAUAUGCCUCUAUAUCUGCAUAUAUUAUGUGGAACUAGGGGCAAUAGUAUGUAAUUAGGAACUCAAUAGAUUAGAAGGUCCAUGCAACAGA